AUGUCCGAAUCCGAGCAUCAAGCCGCUGCUGGCAGGGCUGCCUCAGAGCUGGCUUCCGUCCUGAGCCGACGUCGUCAGGAGGUGGACACCAAGGGCGCCUUUUUUACGAAGGACCGAAAAGGCCAUGCUGAUGCAGUCUGGAACGAGCGGACUGACUCGCAGUUCAGCCCUCGAUCCUCGGAGAGGAAGUCCGCUAUCGCACGCCUGCAGGGAGCGAGCGUCUCCCCUUAUGCAUCAAGGGAGGCAUCCCCCGCCCCGCAGCCGCCGGAGGAUGGCAGACCUAAAGUUCUUCGGCGGAUGUCGGCCGAUGCCACGAUGACAGCGCCCAACGCCCUGUUAGAGGACCGGGCGCGACGAAGUUUCGCACCUGGCAGGGCCUCGACGGGACCAGUGCUCAAAGCCCCGAUCCAGCGACUGGGCUCUGCGAGAUCAGCAUCACCAACUGUGGCGCCCAGCACCAGCAGUGCAUCACCACCCAGGACGCAACGACCUCCAAAAGCGAAAUCUAAAGCAACACCGAGGCGUUCUGCAAGUGCUGCAACCGAGGCCGCUUUGCCGUCUUCGCGCCAACCACAGCAAAGUCCAGAGCCAGCGCGAACUUCAGCAGCAGCGGCACUCCGGACUGGAUCCGCUACCGAGCCCGACCUCUCUAGGCCUUCUGGCAGAGUACCCGCCGAGCAUGGAGCAGUGGCAGAGAACAUCGCCAAGUUCGAGGUGACGCAGGCUCCACAGAGUGCAGUGGGCAAACUUUGCCCCAAGGUAAGCGGCGAUCUCGGCUCGAGCACUCCAAGCGAGGCGGAGGAGGCUGUUCCGGGUGGUGGCGGUUCAGCCUCAAGUCAUAGCACCAAGGAAGCCAGCAAGCCUGUCGCAAAGCCUGCCACAAAGCCGGCUAGCAAGCCUAAAGCGGCGAGCAAGUCGGUGUGCAAGCCGAAAGCCAAAGUGGCAGCAAGUGUUGGUGAGGAUCCACCACAAAGGGAAUCCGCGCAGGAGUCACCCAGGAAAGCAGUGCAACUACCGCGAGAAGCUGUCGAAAAGGAUGCCACCUCGUCCUCGUUGCGACAGGAUCCUCAGCUUGGGAGCAAG